UAGAGUUAGCCUUUCAUUGUUGAGGAAGGAAAAUGGCAAGAGCCAACUUGGUAUCAUAUCAUUGACAAGCUUCCCUGUUAGCCAUUCCCAAACAUUCACAUGAGGUGGUAUAGUAUCACCGAGUCCAGCACAAGGAGUUGGAUUACUUACACACCAAACAUAAUCGUGCUGACUGCUGAGACCUCAGCAUGUACUUCCCAUUGCACACUGGAGCACUGCUUCAGAAGGCAUGCAUCUAGCCAGCCUGGGCAGCCCUUUAUUCAUGUUCUCAUUUGCAUCUUUGGUUACCAGAAAUGGGAGAAUCUUUUUAAGCAGUGUAGUCUUGCUAGCCCUCUCUAGCAAAGAGUAGAGGUGGGCUGAAGUCAAGAUCGACACAGCAAUGUCGUGUUCCCUUGUGGCUUGCUGUCAGCAAGCUGUUACCCAUACGUGCAAAAGGUUGUUUGAAGUGGGCUUGCACGUGUUUCCAUAGCAGCAGUCAUCCUAGCGAUUUCACUCGUUUUUUGGACUUUUUUUUCCCUUUGCUUCUCUGUUUCCUGCUGAUGCAGAAUUAAAUAAACAGCAUAUUUAGGUCAAGGAAAGAGAUGUUUGCUAAUAUAGAUGCUAGGCUAAGCAUUCUGGGAGAGUGAUUUCUUGCAGCAGAUGAACAUUCUUUGUGCCUCCCAGCAGCAUCUGCAGCAGUGUGGCUGUCUGGCACUGUCUUUUUCAUUUUGGGCAGGUUCUGAGAUUCAGAACAAUCCCAGGCAAAUCACAGGAGCCGGCAGUUUUCCAGGAGCCACAUGUAAAUCUCUGCUUAUUCGUUCUUUGGUAUUAAGAGUGAAGCAAUCAGCUAGAAAAACGAUACUUUAAAGGUUUUGGUGCAUCCGAGGUGUGUCAUCUUGUGUUUGCACCACCCCUCCUGUUUUACACUCGGAGCCUGGGUUUUUUGUCAGGCUGUUGAGCAGGAGCGGAUUCUAGUACGGCAGCUCAGAGCUUCCCUUCUGUUCCGGUACCGGUGACUGCUUGUCAUGAAGAUGGUACAGUGGGAGCCUGUUUCGGAAGAGCCAAGGAAGAGGAUGUGGAGAUGGAGUAGAGAUUGCUAAAAAUCUGAACAUCCACACCUUGGGGAUGGGUUGCACUACUAGUGUGAUUCUGUUUAAAGGCAUCCGCACCGUUUUUGAAAGAAACUGUGCUUAUAUGUGCAAACAGCAAGGAGAGAAUAAUGCCCUUGAAUAUACAGCAUACAAUUGGACAAAAGAAGAUUCAGAACUAUUGAUCUCCUCCUGGCUGGCAAAGCCAAAGCUAAUUGAGCCACUCGACUAUGAAAAUGUCAUCGUCCAGAAGAAGACCCAGAUCCUGAACGACUGUUUACGGGAGAUGCUGCUCUUCCCUUACGAUGACUUUCAGACGGCCAUCCUGAGACGACAGGGUCGAUACAUAUGCUCAACAGUGCCUGCAAAGGCGGAAGAGGAAGCACACAGCUUAUUUGUUACAGAGUGCAUCAAAACCUAUAACUCUGACUGGCAUCUUGUGAACUAUAAAUAUGAAGAUUACUCAGGAGAGUUUCGACAGCUUCCGAACAAAGUGGUCAAGUUGGAUAAACUUCCAGUUCAUGUCUAUGAAGUUGACGAGGAGGUCGAUAAAGAUGAGGAUGCUGCCUCCCUCGGUUCCCAGAAGGGUGGGAUCACCAAGCAUGGCUGGCUGUACAAAGGCAACAUGAACAGUGCCAUCAGCGUGACCAUGAGGUCAUUUAAGAGACGAUUUUUCCACCUGAUUCAACUUGGUGAUGGAUCUUAUAAUUUGAAUUUUUAUAAAGAUGAAAAGAUCUCCAAAGAACCAAAAGGAUCAAUAUUUCUGGAUUCCUGUAUGGGUGUGGUUCAGAACAACAAAGUCAGGCGUUUUGCCUUUGAGCUCAAGAUGCAAGACAAAAGUAGUUAUCUCCUGGCAGCGGACAGUGAAGUGGAAAUGGAAGAAUGGAUCACAAUUCUAAAUAAGAUUCUCCAGCUCAACUUUGAAGCUGCAAUGCAAGAAAAGCGGAAUGGCGACUCUCAUGAAGAUGAUGAACAAAGCAAAUUGGAAGGCCCUGGUUCCGGGUUAGAUAGCUACCUGCCGGAACUUGCCAAGAGUGCCAGAGAAGCGGAAAUCAAACUGAAAAGUGAAAGCAGAGUCAAACUUUUUUAUUUGGACCCAGAUGCCCAGAAGCUCGACUUCUUAUCAGCUGAGCCAGAAGUGAAGCCAUUCGAAGAGAAGUUUGGGAAAAGGAUUCUUGUCAAGUGCAAUGAUUUAUCUUUCAAUUUGCAAUGCUGUGUUGCCGAAAAUGAAGAAGGACCCACUACUAAUGUCGAGCCUUUCUUUGUUACUCUAUCUCUGUUUGACAUAAAAUACAACCGAAAGAUUUCUGCCGAUUUCCACGUAGACCUGAAUCAUUUCUCAGUGAGGCAAAUGCUGGCCACCGCAUCCCCGGCUGUGAUGAAUGGCAGUGGGCAGAGCCCGUCCAUCUUCAAGGGCAUCCUUCAUGAAGCUGCCAUGCAGUAUCCAAAGCAGGGAAUAUUUUCAGUCACUUGUCCUCAUCCAGAUAUAUUUCUUGUGGCCAGAAUUGAAAAAGUCCUUCAGGGAAGCAUCACACAUUGCGCUGAGCCAUAUAUGAAAAGUUCAGACUCUUCUAAGGUGGCUCAGAAGGUGCUGAAGAAUGCCAAGCAGGCAUGCCAAAGACUAGGACAGUAUAGAAUGCCAUUUGCUUGGGCAGCAAGGACAUUGUUUAAGGAUGCAUCUGGAAAUCUUGACAAAAAUGCCAGAUUUUCUGCCAUCUAUAGGCAAGACAGCAAUAAGCUAUCCAAUGACGACAUGCUCAAGUUACUUGCAGACUUUCGGAAACCUGAGAAGAUGGCUAAACUCCCAGUGAUUUUAGGCAAUCUCGACAUUACAAUUGAUAAUGUUUCCUCAGACUUCCCUAAUUAUGUGAAUUCAUCAUACAUCCCCACAAAACAAUUUGAAACCUGCAGUAAAGCUCCCAUCACAUUUGAAGUGGAGGAAUUUGUGCCCUGCAUACCAAAGCACACUCAGCCUUACACCAUCUACACCAACCACCUUUACGUUUAUCCUAAGUACUUGAAAUACGACAGUCAGAAGUCUUUUGCCAAGGCUAGAAAUAUUGCAAUUUGCAUUGAAUUCAAAGAUUCAGAUGAGGAAGACUCUCAGCCCCUUAAGUGCAUUUAUGGCAGACCUGGCGGGCCAGUGUUCACAAGAAGCGCCUUUGCUGCAGUUCUGCACCAUCACCAAAACCCAGAAUUUUAUGAUGAGAUUAAAAUAGAGUUGCCCCCUCAGCUGCAUGAGAAGCACCACCUGCUGCUCACAUUCUUCCACGUCAGCUGUGACAACUCAAGUAAAGGAAGCACGAAGAAGAGGGAUGUCGUUGAAACCCAAGAGACGGGGUUUCGCCAUGUUGCCCAGGCUGGUCUUGAACUUGCGAGCUCAAGCAAUCUGCCCACCUCGGCCUCCCAAAGUGCUGGGAUUACAGUUGGCUACUCCUGGCUUCCCCUCCUGAAAGAUGGAAGGGUGGUGACGAGCGAACAGCACAUCCCGGUCUCAGCGAACCUUCCUGCAGGCUACCUUGGCUACCAGGAGCUUGGGAUGGGCAGGCAUUAUGGUCCAGAAAUUAAAUGGGUAGAUGGAGGCAAGCCACUGCUGAAAAUUUCCACUCAUCUGGUUUCUACAGUGUAUACUCAGGAUCAGCAUUUACAUAAUUUUUUCCAGUACUGUCAGAAAACCGAAUCUGGAGCCCAAGCCUUAGGAAAUGAACUUGUAAAGUACCUUAAGAGUUUGCACGCAAUGGAAGGCCACGUGAUGAUCGCCUUCUUGCCCACCAUCCUAAACCAGCUGUUCCGAGUCCUCACCCGAGCCACCCAGGAGGAAGUUGCAGUUAACGUGACUCGGGUCAUUAUUCAUGUGGUUGCCCAGUGCCAUGAGGAAGGAUUGGAGAGUCACCUGAGAUCAUAUGUUAAGUAUGCGUAUAAGGCUGAGCCGUACGUUGCCUCUGAAUACAAGACAGUGCAUGAAGAACUGACCAAAUCCAUGACCACGAUUCUCAAGCCUUCCGCCGAUUUUCUCACCAGCAACAAACUACUGAAGUAUUCAUGGUUUUUCUUUGAUGUACUGAUCAAAUCCAUGGCUCAGCAUUUGAUAGAGAACUCCAAAGUUAAGUUGUUGCGAAACCAGAGAUUUCCUGCAUCCUAUCAUCAUGCAGUGGAAACCGUUGUAAAUAUGCUGAUGCCACACAUCACUCAGAAGUUUCGAGAUAAUCCAGAGGCAUCUAAGAACGCAAAUCAUAGCCUUGCUGUCUUCAUCAAGAGAUGUUUCACCUUCAUGGACAGGGGCUUUGUCUUCAAGCAGAUCAACAACUACAUUAGCUGCUUUGCUCCUGGAGACCCUAAGACCCUCUUUGAAUUCAAGUUUGAAUUUCUCCGUGUGGUAUGCAACCAUGAACAUUAUAUUCCAUUGAACUUACCAAUGCCAUUUGGAAAAGGCAGGAUUCAGAGAUACCAAGCUUUUCUUUCACCAGCUGUGGAGUCAAAUGACACUCCUGUAGACCUCCAGCUUGACUACUCAUUAACAGAUGAGUUCUGCAGAAACCACUUCUUGGUGGGACUGUUACUGAGGGAGGUGGGGACAGCCCUCCAGGAGUUCCGGGAGGUUCGUCUGAUUGCCAUCAGUGUGCUCAAGAACCUGCUGAUAAAGCAUUCUUUUGAUGACAGAUAUGCUUCAAGGAGUCAUCAGGCAAGGAUAGCCACCCUCUACCUGCCUCUGUUUGGUCUGCUGAUUGAAAAUGUCCAGCGGAUCAAUGUGAGGGAUGUGUCACCCUUCCCCGUGAAUGCGGGCGUGACUGUGAAGGACGAAUCCCUGGCUCUGCCAGCUGUGAAUCCACUGGUGACGCCACAGAAGGGAAACACCCUGGACAACAGCCUCCACAAAGACCUGUUGGGCGCCAUCUCUGGCAUUGCUUCUCCAUAUACAACCUCAACUCCAAACAUCAACAGCGUGAGAAAUGCUGAUUCGAGAGGAUCUCUCAUAAGCACAGAUUCGGGUAAUAGCCUUCCAGAGAGGAAUAGUGAGAAGAGCAAUUCCCUGGAUAAGCACCAACAAAAUAGCACAUUGGGAAAUUCCAUGGUUCGCUGUGACAAACUUGACCAGUCUGAGAUUAAGAGCCUACUGAUGUGUUUCCUGUACAUCUUAAAGAGCAUGUCUGAUGAUGCUUUGUUUACGUAUUGGAACAAGGCUUCAACAUCUGAACUUAUGGAUUUUUUUACAAUAUCUGAAGUCUGCUUGCACCAGUUCCAGUACAUGGGGAAGCGGUACAUAGCCAGGAACCAGGAGGGGUUGGGACCCAUAGUUCAUGAUCGAAAAUCUCAGACAUUGCCUGUUUCCCGUAACAGAACAGGAAUGAUGCAUGCCAGAUUGCAGCAGCUGGGCAGCCUGGAUAACUCUCUCACUUUUAACCACAGCUAUGGCCACUCGGACGCAGAUGUUCUGCACCAGUCAUUACUUGAAGCCAACAUCGCUACUGAGGUUUGCCUGACGGCUCUGGACACACUCUCCCUAUUUACAUUGGCGUUUAAGAACCAGCUCCUGGCUGACCAUGGACAUAAUCCUCUCAUGAAAAAAGUUUUUGAUGUCUACCUGUGUUUUCUUCAAAAACAUCAGUCUGAAACAGCUUUAAAAAAUGUCUUCACUGCCUUAAGAUCCUUAAUUUAUAAGUUUCCCUCAACAUUCUAUGAAGGGAGAGCAGACAUGUGUGCGGCUCUGUGUUACGAGAUUCUCAAGUGCUGUAACUCCAAGCUGAGUUCCAUCAGGACUGAGGCCUCCCAGCUGCUCUACUUCCUGAUGAGGAACAACUUCGAUUACACUGGAAAGAAGUCCUUUGUCCGGACACAUUUGCAAGUCAUCAUAUCUGUCAGCCAGCUGAUAGCAGAUGUUGUUGGCAUUGGGGGAACCAGAUUCCAGCAGUCCCUGUCCAUCAUCAACAACUGUGCCAACAGUGACCGGCUCAUCAAGCACACCAGUUUCUCCUCUGAUGUGAAGGACUUGACCAAAAGGAUACGCACAGUGCUAAUGGCCACUGCCCAGAUGAAGGAGCACGAGAAUGACCCGGAGAUGCUGGUGGACCUCCAGUACAGCCUGGCCAAAUCCUACGCUAGCACGCCUGAGCUCAGGAAGACGUGGCUCGACAGCAUGGCCAGGAUCCACGUCAAGAACGGGGAUCUCUCGGAGGCAGCAAUGUGCUAUGUCCACGUAACAGCCCUGGUGGCAGAGUAUCUCACACGGAAAGAAGCAGUCCAGUGGGAGCCGCCCCUUCUCCCCCACAGCCAUAGCGCCUGCCUGAGGAGGAGCCGGGGAGGCAUGUUUAGACAAGGAUGCACUGCCUUCAGGGUCAUUACCCCAAACAUCGAGGAGGAGGCCUCCAUGAUGGAAGACGUGGGGAUGCAAGAUGUUCAUUUCAAUGAGGACGUGCUGAUGGAGCUCCUUGAGCAGUGUGCAGAUGGACUCUGGAAAGCUGAGCGCUAUGAGCUCAUCGCAGACAUCUACAAACUCAUCAUCCCCAUUUAUGAGAAGCGGAGGGAUUUCGAGAGGCUGGCCCAUCUGUAUGACACGCUGCACCGGGCCUACAGCAAAGUGACUGAGGUCAUGCACUCGGGCCGCAGGCUUCUGGGGACCUACUUCCGGGUAGCCUUCUUCGGGCAGCAAUACCAGUUUACAGACAGUGAAACAGAUGUGGAGGGAUUCUUUGAAGAUGAAGACGGAAAGGAGUAUAUUUACAAGGAGCCCAAACUCACACCUCUGUCCGAAAUUUCUCAGAGACUCCUUAAACUGUACUCCGAUAAAUUUGGUUCUGAAAAUGUCAAAAUGAUACAGGAUUCUGGCAAGGUCAACCCUAAGGAUCUGGAUUCCAAGUAUGCGUAUAUCCAGGUGACUCACGUCAUCCCAUUCUUUGAUGAAAAAGAGUUACAAGAAAGGAAAACAGAGUUUGAGAGAUCCCACAACAUCCGCCGCUUCAUGUUUGAAAUGCCGUUUACGCAGACCGGGAAGAGGCAGGGCGGGGUGGAAGAGCAGUGCAAACGGCGCACCAUCCUCACAGCCAUACACUGCUUCCCUUACGUGAAGAAGCGCAUCCCGGUCAUGUACCAGCACCACACUGACCUGAACCCCAUCGAGGUGGCCAUUGACGAGAUGAGUAAGAAGGUGGCGGAGCUCCGGCAGCUGUGCUCCUCGGCCGAGGUGGACAUGAUCAAACUGCAGCUCAAACUCCAGGGCAGCGUGAGUGUUCAGGUCAACGCUGGCCCACUGGCAUAUGCACGAGCUUUCUUAGAUGACACAAACACAAAGCGAUAUCCCGACAAUAAAGUGAAGUUACUGAAGGAAGUCUUCAGGCAGUUUGUGGAAGCUUGCGGUCAAGCCUUAGCAGUAAAUGAACGUCUGAUUAAAGAAGACCAGCUAGAGUAUCAGGAAGAAAUGAAAGCCAACUACAGGGAAAUGGCGAAAGAGCUUUCUGAAAUCAUGCAUGAGCAGAUCUGCCCCCUGGAGGAGAAGACGAGCGUGUUACCGAAUUCCCUUCACAUCUUCAAUGCCAUCAGCGGGACUCCAACAAGCACAAUGGUUCACGGGAUGACCAGCUCGUCUUCAGUUGUGUGAUGACACGUCAUGGCCCGUGCGUGGGAACUUGCUUUGUCAUUUGCAAACUCAGGAUGCUUUCCAAAGCCAAUCACUGGGGAGACCGAGCACAGAGAGAAGCCAAGGGGAAGGGGAGAGAAAGGAAAUAAAGAACUAUGUGAUUUCUUAGCAGAUUUUCUAUAGGAGUUGUAAGAGGGUGCACAUAUUUUUUUAAAUCUCACUGGCAAUAUUCAAAGUUUUCAUUGUGUCUUAACAAAGGUGUGGUAGACACUCUUGAGCUGGACUUAGAUUUUAUUCUUCCUUGCAGAGUAGUGUUAGAAUAAAUGGCCUACAGAAAAAAGGUUCUGGGAUCUAUACAUGGCAGGGAGGGCCGCACUGACAUUGAUGCCUGGGGGCGCCUUUUGCUUCGAGGCUAAGCUGGAAAAUCUUGAAAAUAUUUUUUUUUUUCCUGUGGCACAUUCAGGUUGAAUACAAGAACUAUUUUUGUGACUAGUUUUUGAUGACCUAAGGGAACUGACCGUUGUAAUUUUUGUACCAGUGAACCAGGAGAUAGUGCUUUUAUACUCAUUUCCUUGCAUUUAAAAAAAUAUGAAAGCUUAAGGGAUUAUGUGAGCUUAAAACUAGUCGAGCAAUUUAGAACCAAAGGCCUAUAUUAAUAAACACAACUAUGCUGAAAAGUACAAAGUAGUACAGUAUAUUGUUAUGUACAUAUCACUGUUAAUGCAGUCCCAGCAUUCUGUACAUACAUGUAUUACAUUUCUACGUUUUUAAUACAUCAGCUUCUGCAUUAAGUGUCAUUGUGAUCAAUCUGUGCUGUUUCAGUAUAUGCAAUACAUUUGACUCUUUUAUUCUUGUACAUAAAAAUGUGCAAUAUGGAGAUGUACACAGUCUUUACUAGGUUUAUAAACUGUUUUAAGAAUUUCAUCCUUUUGCCAAAAUGGUGGAGUAUGUAAUUGGUAAAUCAUAAAUCCUGUGGUGAAUGGUGGUGUAAUUGAAAGCUGUCACCAUGUUAUAUUUUCUUUUAAGACAUUAAUUUAGUAAUUUUAUAUUUGGGAAAAUAAAGGUUUUUAAUUUUAUUUAACUGGAAUCACUGCCCUGCUGUAAUUAAACAUCUGUACCACGUCUGUAUUAAAAUGACAUUCUGACCA